UGUUUAGAGACAGCCACACAGGAAAGAAGCAGAAAAUGGCGACGAACAUUGGGAUCAUGGAUUCGGCUUAUUUCGUUGGUAGAUCUGAGAUUCUCGCUUGGAUCAACUCCUCACUCCAAUUAAAUCUCUCCAGAGUCGAAGAGGCUUGUUCUGGUGCGGUACACUGCCAGCUUAUGGAUGCGGUCCAUCCUGGGAUUGUGCCCAUGCACAAGGUCAAUUUUGAUGCUAAGAGUGAGUACGAGAUGAUUCAGAACUACAAAGUCCUUCAAGACGUCUUCAAUAAACUCAAAAUCACAAAGCACAUCGAGGUCAACAAGCUUGUCAAAGGAAGACCGCUGGAUAAUUUGGAGUUCAUGCAAUGGAUGAAAAGAUAUUGUGACUCUGUCAAUUCGGGACUUCUGCACCAUUACAAUCCUCUGGAACGGAGAGAGUCCUGCAAGGGAGGAAGAGAAGCAAACAAGAAAUCCUCACAAUCCCAGUCGUCUGCUAAGGUUUCUACUUCUGCGAAGUCUCAGUCUUCUCAUAAUGGACGAAGAAAUGAUGCAACAAAUAAUGCAAAUCAAGCAGCGAGGGCCACAAAACCUUCAAGCAGCGGCCCUUCAUAUGAUGAACAGAUCACGGAGUUAAAAUUGUCCAUUGAUGGCCUUGAAAAAGAGAGGGAUUUCUACUUCGCAAAACUGAGGGAUAUUGAGAUACUGUGCCAAAGUCCCGAACUAGAACACUUACCGGUUGUUGCGGCUAUACAGAAGAUAUUAUAUGCCACAGGUGAUGACGCAACGGUUGUGGCGGAAGCUCAAGCCAUGGUUUCGGUUCAGCAGAAGGAAGGUGAGAGAUUGAGCCCCAUCACGGAGGUUUCGGAGGAGAAAGGCAGUUCCGAAAAUCAGAAGAGAAAGAUCAUUGUGAAUCCUGACUUUGAUGCGACUAGCAUCUUAACAUUGUCGCCGAGGCAAAGGCUUUCUGAUGCUUCGGAUGUUCAUUGUAGUGGGUCACCUCUCAUGACUUGUUAAAUACCACCACAUUUUGUUGUAUCUUCAUUUCUCUGCUUGAAAGACAUUUUCCUAGAAACAUUUAAGUCAACAUGUUAAUCCCUAUCUCAUGUAACUGAAGCACCAAAAUUUGGUUGUAUUUUGGAAAGAUCAGUGUUCAAAUCCCGUUCUUGUCUUGAGAAUUUGUCGCGUUGAUGUCGUCUUCUAUGAAAAAGUUCUUAAAUA